CCAUCAAGAGACCCGAGCGUCUGGAUGGACUUUGGUCCCGCUUCUACUCGCCUGAACCUCCACCCCAUGCAAACAAAUGCUGUUGUAGAUUUUCCGUAUCCAUGUCAUCUCAUCUAAUGACUCAAGGGUAUAUAAAUUAUGAGUCAAAAAAAAUAUCGAGCUCUUCUCGGUCCGAUCAAUACCGCGAGCACCCCGAUAUCGCACUUAUGCCUCCGCAGCGACAAAACUGGCGGUGUAUUUGUCUGGUACCCUCCCUGAGGACCACCUGGGUGAACCAUUCCAUAUAGAGAGCCCCGAUGCCACGUACCCUCUCUUUUGAUUCUGGAAAUUGAUUCAAUCUGAUCUUGGCCGUUCAAUGUUUGUCAUUCCGCCAUGGAACAUCUCCCGACAGAAUUACGAGACAUUAUAACGAGCCAACUCUCAAUCUCUGAUCUUUCAGCCUUGUCUCGCACUUCGAAAUGUAUUCGUCGACAUAUUGAACCGCUGCUUUAUCGCAAAGUUGAAUGGACGUGGGAUGAAUCCAGACCGCAUCCUCCCUUUUACAAACAAGUCCGAACAAUCCUACAUCGUCCGGAUUUGGGCGCAAAAGUUGAACGAAUCAACCUUCGCGGAAAAAAGCCUCGGAUUGCGCAAAUCAAACGCGGAACCAUUUAUCGCCCAGACUACCGAGUCACAAGUGCUCCCUCAACAUGCGUAUGGAAAGACGAGGACUGGAGUGAGACGUUCUGGACGCGACGAAAAGACCUUGAAGCUGGAUACUCGCUCAUCAACUCUCUACAACUGUCUGCGGGUACAAGCUAUUUUUGGAAAGAAGCACUCGACCAAGGCGAGGUUGAUAUGUUCCUUUCCUUACUUCUUCUCCAUACCUCUGGCCUGAGAAGCCUUUGCCUAGGUCAAGAUUUUCAGAGCGAUACUCGCUACGUUGGUGUGAUUUUAAAUCGUGCUCUAAAUGGCAUGUCUGGUUUCCACCACUUCGAAUAUCUUGAGACUGUCGAGUACUGUACCGAUAUGGGCGACGCGCGGUAUGAAGAUGAUUACACUGCCGAAGAGAUACGAAGCUCCGUCUUGUUCACUGCCGACCUCGAUCAAAUCCUCCCGCUAUUUUAUUCGCCAUCAAUUCGCAGUAUCUCAAUGGCAAUACACAAGACUGAAGUGUUCUGGCCUAGGAACGAAACGCCAUGUUCGGCUCUGACAAGAUUAGUUCUGCAUCACACUCAACUCCGAGAAGAAGACCUAGGUCAUUUGUUGAUUGCAACGCCUAAACUUCGGUCACUCGAAUACCAUGUCUUUGCUGAUGAUGAUUCGCGUAAUGCGCCAUUUCGCUACUCUCUUAAUAAUUGGCUACUGUGCUCAAAGCUUAGCACUGCCCUCAGGCACGUACGGCAUUCACUUAAGCAGCUUUGGAUUAGUUCCAAAACCAUCGAUUAUCAGGGCAUAAGUGAUUGCGGACCUCCAUUGGGGAGAUUAGAACCAAUGAAAGAUUUCUUAAACUUGGAGACGCUGGCUAUUCCCGCUGUACUACUUGGUGGGGAGUGGAAAGACAGCCCCUUCCACGUCCUUGCAGAGUUUCUCCCGCCAAAUUUGAAGGAGCUUCGUCUUAGUGACGAGGCGACAGGAGAUUGCGCGCAUUUUGAGAUGGGCGAUUUAAUCUUGCAUCUUGAGCAUUACUUAAGAACUUCUCGUUCCUCGACCCCUUCAUUGCAGAGUCUUACAGUCAGAACCGACAGGUCUCGAGCUCCAGAGUUGCAGCAGAAAUUGAAGGGGCUGGAAAAAAUAUCGGCAGAUGUUGGGAUCUCUUUACAAUUAAAAUGCUAAUUCACCAAUAGGGAGAUUCUGAUUAUCCAUAUUCUUGUGCUCCAUCUCUGGAUUCUGAAUAUGCCAUU